AUGACUUCGUCGGCUUUAUCUCCUUCCUCCUCCGGUUUUUGGACAGUUUCGGCGUCAGGCUCCCGCGCAGCUCCCUCGACAACUUCGGGUGUACUUACACCGCAACCUGGGAGCAACACCGGCGGGUCGUUGGCGCAUUCGUCCUCUGCUUCUUUCUCCGUUUCUUCUUCUCUGGCCUCUUCUGCCUUUCCUCCGCCGCGGGCCUCGACGUCCGCAGAAGGCUCGAGCGUCCUGCUUUCCGCAUCUCCCUCUGUUUCGUCGUUCUCUUCGUCUUCUUCUUCCUCCUCGCCCACGUCUUCGCUCUCGCAUGGCUCACUCCUCCUCAGCACCUCGCCGUCCGAGUCCGUCCCUGCGGCGCGGGCGUCUUCGCAAUCGCCUGAGGAGCAGCAGCCGCUUCUUUCGCCGCGGCUCAAGACUGUCAGUGACCCCACCUACUGUCUCCUGUCUCCGUCGCAAUCGCGCGGCAUGGGGGGGGAAGCCGGGCUGGGGCGCCUGCCACCUCGCGGGUUCGCCGACCUGCUUCCCGUGCCUACUGGGCCGGAGGAUGAGGCCCGCGCGGCUCUCUUGCUCCAAGAAGGAGGCGAAGACGCGCGAAAAACCGCGGAAGCUCUGUUCAGCGCCGGCAGCGCGGGCUUCCCUGAGCGAGACCGAGAAGGCGAUGCAAUUAAGCGCCUCUUCAAGGGGCUCCGCGAAGUCUCACACGAAACCAGCAACGCCAAAAUCAUCCUCUGGUUUACCUUCUUCUUCGCCCUCGCUGCCGCACUCGUACCCAUGCUCCUUAGCUGCUUAAAGGGCACGGGAAUCCGUCAUCCGCAUUACCAGUUUCUCUUGGCUGCAGUGGGCGGCGAGGCGUUCCUCGCGUACGCUCUGCCGGCGGCCAUUGUCCUCUGGAAUCUCCACGGAAACGACGACGAGGAAGCAAACAGCGCGAGAGCGUUCUCACGGGACCGACGCGCCUUCUUCCUGGUAAAUGUCUCUCGAAUUAUGUUGGCGGUUUUCCUCCUCAUCGUCGCCGCCUUUAGCCUGCACUCGCACCAGCAAGAAGCGGAAGGCCGUGUCGAUUUCCGCACGGUGAAGAAAACCAUUCUCAUCGUCGCCAUCUGCCAGCUCGCCAGCGCCUUCGUCUUCGCAGUUCUCGCCGUCUACGCGUGGCUCGCGGCGCGGCUCAUCGCGAGCAAAGCAAUGCAAGCGAGUGCGGUGACCGCGUGCGCCGAGGUUGUUGUCAGCCUCACGAACGGCUGGACGCAUUUCUACGAUUGCAUUGCCGUCGCUAAAGCCGAUUCGAUCGUCGGUAUUGCGCAAGAGCGGGUGAAGUUCGUGGAGUACGUCGGUAUCUCGAUGGCGGGCGUCCUGUUCAUCCUCGCUGCAGUCGAUCUCUUCAGCCUCACGAGGCUUCGCAAAGCUCCUUUGGCGUGA